AUGAUAUCGGAAUUGUCGAUCAAUAACAUCACCUUCACCGAAGAAGACCGAAUGACAGAAGAAGGACAUAACCGCGCUCUGUUCGUAACUGCUUCAAUCAAAGGUGCCGAAUUCAGGAGAGUCCUCAUCGAUACAGGUGCUUCUACGAAUCUCGUCACCAUGAAGACUCUCAAGGAGGCCAAGGUUCCACAAACCAAAAUUGUUCAUCAUCCCAUACUGAUGACGGGUUUUGAAGGAAGUCAGAGUCAUACGUACGGGUAUGUCUAUGUGGAUUUAAAAGUGGGGUCGAUUCAAUCCACUGUCAAGCUUCAUGUGAUCGAGAAAGACCCUGAUUAUCACAUGAUACUCGGAAGGCUAUGGCUUUAUGACAACAAAGUUGUUCCCUCGACAUACCACCAGUGUAUGAAGUCUUUGCUCAACAACAAAAUUAUCCGCAUCCCAGCUUCAGUGUCUCCUUAUGCUCUGGUUCACGAUGCCGAGUUCCUGGAACCAAAGAGCAUCCCCGAACCUCCAAGCAGUAUCUACAGUACUCCGCUCCCGAGUUGGAAGUCAAUGGAAAAAGCUGACCAACCAUCACCAACGGAUGCUAAAUCCAUCAAGUCAUCCACCACGCCACUCAAACGUUGUUAG